CUCCUUCGACAUUCACUUCACGACUUCACCCACGACUACACGACCUCCGCGACACCGAUGCGACCACACUGCCCACACGCGCCUACAGCAAACUCUCACGACCGCCAAUUUGGACGACCCACGACACAGCCCUCAACCAUCGACCGAUACCUCCACAUCCUCGAUCUCUGCGCGACGCCCUCUCCACCGAGCGCCUAAAGUGGCGCGGCACUGCCGAAACUAUACUGCAGCGCCUUCUCGACAUCACUUCCUCCUCCUCCACCAUAACCAGGCGCCAUGCCGCCUCCAUCCAAUAUCCAGCAUCUACCAGCGACUCACCCUGCAACGCGACAACGACCGAAAUCCCCCGAACGAGUGCUAGCGGAAGCAGAAGCACAAUGGCUCUUCAACGAAGAAGAGUUAGCAAACACACCCUCAAUCCAAGACGGUCUCUCCCUCACAGAAGAACGCUCCCUCCGAGCAAAAGGCGUCAACUUCAUCGUGCAAUGCGGAAUCAUGCUCAAACUCCCCCAACUCACCCUCUCCACCGCCGCCGUCUUUUUCCAACGCUUCCUCAUGCGCGGUAGCUUGAAGCGUCCGCGAGGCGACAUACCGAAACUCCACCACUACACUGCUGCGGCGACAUGUCUCUUCCUCGCGACCAAAGUUGAAGAGUCGUGUCGCAAGAUGAAAGAGAUGGUCCUAGCGUUCUGUCGCACUGCGCAAAAGAAUCCAAACUUGGUCAUCGACGAGCAAAGUAAAGACUUCUGGCGAUGGAGAGACAGUGUCAUGAACGAGGAGGACGUACUGCUGGAAGCGUUAUGUUUCGACUUGACCGUGGAGUCACCACACCGUGCACUCUUCGAGAUGUUGAAAACCUACGGCGUGGAACACAACAAGCGACUCCGCAACGCCGCAUGGGGAUUCGUCACGGACAGCAAUAACACACAACUCUGCCUCCUCUGCAACUCCCGCACCAUCGCCGUCGCGGCUCUCUACGCAGCAUGUCGGUACGUCGACGUUUCGAUACCAGACGAUAAAGCGGGACGGCCGUGGUGGGAGCGACAACAUGUCUCGUUGAAGGAUGUGCGGCAAGCGGUGGAGUAUAUGCUGGCGAACUACGACUCAACGGCG